CCGCAAGGUCGAGCGCGACCUGCUCCCGCUGUUCGCCCACGUCGCCGGCGGCGGCACCGGCGUGUGCGACCUGCAGGACGUGUUCCUCAGGCUGACGUUCGACACGACGACCACGCUGGUGUUCGGCGUCGACCCGGGCUGCCUGGCCAUCGGGUUCCCGGAGGUGCCGUUCGCGCGCGCCAUGGACGAUGCCAUGGACGUGCUCCUCGUCCGCAACGUGCUCCCUCCGUCCUGGUGGAAGCUGGUGCGGUGGCUCGGGGUCGGGCACGAGCGGAAGAUGGCCGUCGCGUGGCGCGACAUCGACCGGUUCAUCGGCGACACGAUCGCCAAGCGGCGGGAGGUGGUGAAGGCAAGAGGCGGCAUCGAGGACUCGGCGGACCUGCUCUCCUCCUACAUCGACGACGACGAAGAUGCUAGCACGGUCGUCGACGCCUUCCUCCGCGACACGACCAUGAACCUCAUGCUCGCCGGCCGGGACACGACCGGCUCGGGCCUCUCCUGGUUCUUCUACCUCCUCACGAGGAACCCACGCGUGGUGUCCAAGAUCCUCGCAGAGCUCGACACGGUCAACUCCACCACCACCCCGGACGGCAUGGUGACCUACGACCCGGACGAGCUGGGGCGGCUGGUGUACCUGCACGCGGCGCUGUGCGAGUCGCUCCGGCUGUACCCGCCGGUGCCGAUGGAGCACAAGGGCGUGGUGGCCGCGGAGGCGCUGCCGAGCGGGCACGAGGUGCGGCCGGGGGACAAGAUCAUGGUGUCGCUGUACGCGAUGGGGAGGAUGGAGGCGGUGUGGGGCAAGGACUGCCGGGAGUUCCGGCCGGAGCGGGGGAUCGGGGAGGACGGCAAGCCGCGGUACGUGCCGUCGUACAAGUUCGUGUCCUUCAACUCCGGGCCGCGGACAUGCCUCGGCAAGGACAUGGCGUUCGUGCAGCUCAAGGCGGUGGCGGCCGCCGUGGUGAGGAACUUCGAGGUGGAGGCCGUGCCCGGACACGUCGUGGAGCCCAAGAUCUCCAUCAUCCUCCACAUGAAGAACGGCUUCAAGGCCAGGAUCAAGAGGAGGAAGAUGCUUUGAUUAAAUGGUGAAUUCGGAGCAAUAGUGUGCCUGGUGAUCGUGAAAGAAAGAUGCAUGGAGUCAGCGAAUUUGUAGACCGAUCGCUGACAAGUGACGCCGCAUGUAGCUAGAAGGAAAAAUCUAGUGUCGAACUGUUGAAUGUAUCGUGUUGCCCACUUGGCCAGUAGCAAGUCGUAGUCACUGUUGUCGAUCUCAAAUCGAUCUAGUGUCAACUGGUGGUACUCACUCGGUACUGAAAUAUGCAACGACCUGGGCUAGGCCCAUCCAUUGCGCAGCAUGUGGCCAGUGGGCCGGCCCGUGAGGCCUGUAAUGUACACUACAUAUAGCAGUGUUGCGUGUGCGUGUGGGGCAUGAGGAUUGUAAUGACUGAAUCUCUGUAUCCCUAAUCCCAGAGCCUUCCUCUGUUCUUCUUCUUCCCCA